GUCCGCGGCCAGAUGAUGGCCGGCGCUGGGGAAGACCUGCGAGCGCUUUUCCGGGCUGGCGUCCGCGCGGCGCUGGAGGCUUGGCCGGCCUUGCAGAUCGCUGUGGAGAAUGGCUUUGGGGGCGUGCACAGCCAGGAGAAGGCCGAGUGGCUGGGGGCUGCAGUGGAGGAGUACUUCUUCCGCAAUGCUGACUUGGAGCUAGAUGAGGUGGAGGACUUCCUCGAGGAGCUCAUGACGAAUGAGUUUGAUACGGUUGUGGAGGAUGGAAGUCUGCCCCAGGUGAGCCAGCAGCUGCAGACCAUGUUCUCCCAUUUCCAGAGGGGUGAUCGAGCUGCUCUAAAGGAGAUGGCCUCCCACAUCACCCAAAGAAAAUGCAAGGUCAGAGCCACUGCACUUACGACAGCCAGAGAGACUGAUGAGGAUGAGGAUGCGGACAGCGUGGAGGAGAUGGAGGUCACAGCUACGAAUGAUGGGACAGCUACAGAUGGGGUCUGCUCCCAGCCUGAACCCUCUGGUCAAGACUCCCAGACUAUUAAGGAAGAGGAUAUAGUGGAGGAUGGCUGGACCAUUGUCCGGAGAAAGAAAUGAGUGGGACUGGAAAUGGUUUGGACCCUUGUUUGCUAGUUGUUUUGAGAUUCAUUUGUAGGGUUUUUGGAGGGUUGUGGGACCUCUGGACUGAUUAUCUGAUCUCCACCUGCUCCCCAUUCCUCUGUCCAGCUCCUUCCAGGGGAAGAAGAGCCCUAGGGUCUGUGGUCUUGGGGUGGUGAGACCUGGUUCAGCACACCCUCCUGGGCCUUAAGUUACUGAGUAAUGAGGCCUGGUUUCCCAGCACAGUGCCUCUUGGGUGCAGUCAGUGUGAAGAGGGAGGGAUGAGUGGGUGUGGGUGUGGCUGGAGGAGAAGCUAAAUGCUGGUUGACAGUGGGCAGGUGGAUUUGUGAAGGGAGAGGACCAGCAGGAGAACCAAUACUCAGCAUUAGAGAACCAGUACUCCUGCUUCAGGAAUGGUGAGAUGAACAUGCAAACGGACAAGAGAUUAAAGAUGUGAAUGAAAGUACCUGUGGUACUUCUCCCUCUUCUCCUCCUCCACACACACCCCCCCCCCAGCUCUCUACCCCCACCACACCCACACCCACACAUGUUCUCUAUCCCUGCCCAGAAAUUGGAACCUCUCAGGAAUGUCCCCUUCCUGCAGCCCAACCUCCAGCCCUGGGCUCCUUCAGGAAGUCUAAGACCUUGGCUAGGUGGGGAGCUUGGGAGACCUGGGCUUUGUUUUCUGCUGCCUCCAACCUCUUUCCAAACUCUUCAUCCCAUCCAAGCCCACGCAUGAGGCUUAAGACCUCAGUAAGUAAGACCUUAUUGUUUAAUCUGUGGCUUGACCUGUGAGUAGCCUUGGAAUCAGCCUUCUGGGAGCUGAGCUUCAGAGCUCAGCAAUGGAGCAGUUUCUGGGCCCACCUUAGCAGCCUGGUACUUAGGACAAACAAACAGAUGAACGAAGAGAGACAGCACUCUGAAAGUUUCCGUAAGCCCGAAAUAAACUGUA